GGCGAGCAGGAGAGCGGGUCGGUCAGGGUGAACGGAGAAGGUGUCUGAGCAGAGUCCAGGAAUCCUAUGGAGCACAAGUGAAAAAUCCUGGGGCGUAGCAGUAUCCUGAGGCGUUGGGAAAAAAAACCUGAAGGCAGGUAAUCACAAAAAAAUACACAAUCAUGAAAGUACAAAAACACUAGAGUCUCAAAAACCUUGAAGGCACAACAAGGGCUGGAAACUACCAAGCUGAAGCAAUCAUCCGGCCUCGAGCUGUGUCCUCCAUCCACCUUAUGUAGGAGGCCUGCUAACUGCUGACCAGGUGCAGCUGGAAAACUCCCUCUCCUACAACACACUCAAAGAUAGUUUAUUGAGAGGAGUACUCACCCCGGCUCAUGACACAAUGCCUGUAAAGUCAUAACAAAUACCAGUUCUUACUCGAAAGAUGCACACAAUAACCAGGAUCGAUAUUAGAAGACAGGGACAAUGCUGGUGGCAGAUACCAUAACAGCAUUACUACCAGCAUGAGGCUGAGAAAGUCCAAGUGAAGCAACACAUCUACAAGUAGUGGAAAGAAUGUCAUAGAAAUGUGUCUGAGGCUUGGCAGCCACCAGGGGGGCUUUUUUACAAUAUCAUCUCCACAAGUUGGAAUGUUCUGCUUAAACCCUUAUUCAGACAUCUGAUGAUUGAAAUCAAACAUUAUAAUGAGUCUGUUAAGUCAUCUCUGGACCCCAGGGCCAUCAGGACUCUUGAUGCUUUGACCUGUUUCGGUCUUGUGAACUUACAAUAAGUCUUCUUCCUCCCUUCUUUUAUUUUUCUUCCUUCUUUGUGUGUGUAUUAACCCUGGCUUGUUUCUUAUCUAUUCUGAUGCUGUAAUGGAAGAUUGAUCCUUUUCAAUGAAGUUUUAAAAAAAAGACACACACAGAGCUGGGUACUUCUUCAAGUAUACAAUGAAAACUUGUAGAAGCAGACAGGUUAAUGCAACAAGAAAGAACUUUUUCUGGCUGAUUUAUGAACACAUGAAAACAUUACGUGGCAAGAUUCAUUCAUGUUUUUGGACAAAAUCUGUUUAUUGAAUUUUGACAUUAUUAUAACGGAACAUAACACACAAGACAACACAAUCAGAGAUGAGUUCUGACUGUGGUCUGUGCUUAUGCACCAAACUACAGUUCAGACUACCCACCCUUUUUGGAGACCUUGGAGGGGGUGCUGGAAAGCGCUCCUUCAGGGUACUCCCUCGUUCUGCUGGGGGACUUUAACGCUCACGUGGGCAACAACAGUGAGACCUGGAGAGGUGUGGUUGGGAGAAAUGCACCCCCUGAUCUGAAUUCGAGUGGUGUUUUGUUUUUGGACUUCUGUGCCAGUAAUGGAUUGUCCAUAAUGAACACCAUGUUCAGACAUAAAGGUGUCCAUAUGUGCUCUUGGCACCAGGAUACCUUAGGCUGCAGCUCGAUGAUCAACUUUGUUGUUGUUUCAUCUGACCUGCGACCGCAUAUUUUGGACACUCGGGUGAAGAGAGGGGCAGAGCUGUCAACUGACCACUACCUGGUGGUGAGUUGGCUCAGAUGGUGGGGGAGGAUGCCGGUCAGACCAGACAGGCCCAAACGUAUCGCAAGGGUCUGCUGGGAAUGUCUGGCAGAGUCUCCUGUCAGAAGGAGCUUCAAUUCCCACCUCCGACAGAACUUCCAAAAUGUUCCGGGGCAGGCGGGAGACAUUGAGUCUGAAUGGACCCUGUUCCAUGCCUCCAUUGUUGAGGUGGCCGACCGGAGCUGUGGUCGCAGGAUCGUCGGUGCCUGUCGUGGUGGCAACCCCCGAACCCGCUGGUGGACACUGGCAGUUAGGGAUGCUGUCAAGCUGAAGAAAGAGUCCUAUCAGGUCUUUUUGGCCUGUGGGACUCCAGAGGCAGCUGACGGGUACCGGCAGUCCAAAUGGAACGCGGCUCGGGUGGUCACCGAGUCAAAAACCCGGGCAUGGGAGCAGUUUGGUGAGACCGUGGAGCAAGUCUUCCAUACAGCUUCAAGGAGAUUCUGGUCCACCAUCCGGCGCCUCGGGGGGUAAAGCAGUGCGCUACCAACACUGUCUACAGUAUAGUGGGGCCGGUGUGCUGCUGACCUCUACUCAGGAUGUUGUGGAUCGGUGGGCAAAAUACUUCGAAGACCUCCUCAAUCCCACCGACACGUCUUCCAGUGAGGAAGCAGAGUCUGGGGACUUUGAAUUGGCCUUUCAAAUCUCUGGUGCUGAGGUCAUUGAGGUGGUUUAAAUGCUCCUCUGUGGCAAGGCUCCAGGGGUGGAUGAGAUCCGCCCGGAGUUCCUUAAGGCUCUGGAUGUUGUGGGGCUGUGUUGGCUGACACGGCUCUGCAAUAUCGCGUGGACAUUGGGGGCAGUCCCACUGGACUGGCAGACUGGGGUGGUGGUCCCCUUAUUUAAAAAGGGGACCGCAGGGUGUGUUCCAACUACAGGGGGAUCACACUCCUGAGCCUUCCUGGUAAGGUCUAUUCAGGUUCUGGAGAGGAGUGUCCGUCGGAUUGUUGAACCUCAGAUUCAGGAGGAGCAAUGUGGUUUUCGUCCUGGCCGUGGAACACUGGACCAGCUCUAUACCCUUAGGGGGAUCCUGGAGGGUGCGUGGGAAUAGGGUUGUCACGGUAACCGGUAUAGCGGUAAACCCCGGUAAAAAAGUUGACAAUAAAAAUAACCGUCCAGUUUUUAAAAAACUAAAUUAUCUCGGUGGGUUUACCGUGGCCGCGGUUUCGGCGUGGUGACCCUUACCAGCCACCGUCGCUUCAGCUGAAGUUCCCGCGGCGCGCACACGCACUUUUUAGUUUGCAACGGCACCAAAACUUUGAAGCUGAAAUAAUGGCCGAAGGAGGAGACGGCAGCGCCCAGGACAUCCAUCAGCCCUCAAAGAAGACUACCUCGGAAGUAUGGGCAUAUUUGGGAUUUCUGAAAAACGCUGAGGGACAGUUAAUAGAAGACGGCUAUCCCGGUUGCAGAACGUGCAGGAAACAAGUGUCUGCAAAAGGCAGCAACACUUCGAAUCUAAUGGCACAUCUGCGUGACCAUCACCCACGUCUCUACAGCCAGUGCAAGGUAAGUUAACAUGAGCAUUUUAGCUUAAAUGCAUGACGUGAGGACUUUUGGCUGAGAGAGAAUGCAACGAGUCACUAUAUACUGCAGCCGCAGCGUCCUCUGCCAGCAUUUAAACCGUGUCACGGACACCCUGUUGCUGGAUGAAGCAUCUUAUUUGUUGAUGAUGAAGAGAAAUAUACAAUUAGUUCCUUGUCAUUGAUUUGUUUACUUAUUCAAUGCCAUUUAUACUUGAACAUUUGGAUUUGAUUACAUAGUGUAGUAGUUGUUUUAGUAAUUUGUUUAAAGUGGCUAUUUAUUUUAACUACAUAUUUUUUAAGGUUGACUUGUACAGUGCUCAAGUCAAGUGUGGACUGGAGUUUUAGAUUUUCAUUUUGAUAAUGAAGAGAACAAGUAUAUGAGAAAACAAGUGGUGUUUCUUUGAUUUGUUUACAUAUUGUUUAUGUUUUGAAUGUUUGGAUUUGUAUAAUUUAAACCUGCACUGACUACUGUAACAUGUUCCAGAAAAAUAAGCUAUUUGUUCCUUUACUUGUGAAAAGUUGCACUUUUGCUAAGGCUUUGUGUUAUUUUAGGUUUAAUAAACACUGUUAAACCUUUUCAAAACUAUUUCAGUUUGUGUAGAACAGGACUAUCAAUGCUUUCUGAACAUAUGCAACACCGUUUAAAAAAUACCGCGAUAAUACCAAAAACCGUGAUAAUUUUGGUCACAAUAACCGUGAGGUUAAAUUUUCAUACCGUGACAACCCUACUGGAGGAAACCCACGCAUGCAUGGGGAGAACACGCAACUCCACGCAAAAAGGUCAUAGCCGAGUUUCGAAUCUGCGACCUUCGUGCUGCGAGGCAACAGUGCUAACAACUGCGCCACCAUGCUGCCUUACCGGGCAAUCGGGAGUUUAUAUUCUUCAGAAAUUUCUGGGAAACGGUGCAUUUGGUGAGGUUUACAAGGGUUUAAAACAGGGAACAGCUGAAGCAGUGGCUCUGAAGUUUAUCACCAUUGAUUAAGUUAAUCAAUCACUUUGAAUAUAAUGACAGCUUCUGUUUAGUGUUUGAAACAUAUUACAUGAAUAUAUUUGGUUUAUUUCAAAUGAGAGAGGGGGAACCACUAGAUGUCAGUCAAGUCCAGGCGGUUUGCCCACGACCUGCUGGAUCUGAGUGAACUCAAAAAAGGGAAGAAGACAAAUCAAAAUACACCAGAUUUCAUUGUUACACAGACCUUGGAUACAGAGGUUGAUUCUGAUGAGGAAACUUCAAAGAAUGAAAGCAUUCAAAAGAACUCCCUUUAGUUUGAGGAUGUCACCAUCUGUCAAGGGGAAAGAGUAAUAAGACAUAAUUAGGAUGCAGUUUAAGUUUUAAUAACUUUUAUUUCUGUCUAAUAAAUUUCUAUAUUUCCCUUCAUGUAAAGAUACAGGAAACCGCAGGAUGACGCCGUCAGGGUGAGGAGGAGGAGAUUUUUAAAUUCGAACGGCUGUUGCUCACUCCCCCGCCCUUCCUGAAAGAGCCGAAAGCCACACCUCCCAAUGUGCACGCGCAGGAAAAGCAGAGUCAACAUCGGAGCAUUGCUUCUUGUAAUAGAGCUGAGCUAGUGUUAGCAAUGGAGUUAUCUGAGAGUUCAGUGAUUGAGGAAUCCUCUGAGGAAGAGUUUGAACCUCCUAUUGCAUCCUCAAGACGUGGUGCAAAAAGGAGAUGCUCACCAUCAUCUCAAAGCCGUGGUGCAUCCAGAGGCCGAAGAAGUGUGAGACACUCAGCUGUGGACCUUGGAGAUGAAGAUCUCUCUCGAGUUCGGAAUCUUUGUUCCGAGCGAAUAGACUUUGAACGUGUAAGCAUAACUGUUGCUGUAGCAUCUCUUUCCACUUUUGUAGCAACACAUACAGAACCUGAACCCUCAGCAGGCUAUUGACAUCCUUACCAUGGUGCUGGACAGACAUUGGUGUUCUCUUUGAUGUACUUGCCCUCUCUGGUCCACCUACCACAACACCUCCAACACCCAAUCAACCUUCAUGGUGUGUAUGCUCCCACUGCAGAGAUAUGCCAACUGAUUUGGAAAAGAAAUGCUGCCAACAGCCUCCCCAGACAUGUAUUUCAACUGUACCACACAUGGAGGAGUUUAUUCUGCAAAAUUCCCUGACCCCAAUGGUAACUACACUGGUUUUAUUCCAAGACGAUUGUAAAUAAAUGUAUAUAUUUGAUAUUUUACAUAAGUUUGUUUUUAUAUAUUUUUGUUUGAUGCUCUAAUAAAGUGUUCUAAAGCACAA